GUACGUCUCAGAAUGGCGGCUUGUUGCUGUUUUGACAAGUCUUCUACGACUUCCUAAAGCUCUUCGCGUUCUGCAAAUUAGAAGGACUCCUUUUGCGGUGUUGUUGCUGAACGUAGAACAUGGCAGAAGAGAGUAGACCUGCCUUUAUUGUCGAUGACGAAACUAGAUUCGCAAUCGAUACAACCAACGCUGUGUACGACUAUUACAGGCCAUUGUAUGACGUUUUGUCCAGCGAUCCUUUCCAUGGCGUUGUUUGGAUGUUACUUUCGAUUGGAAUUAUUGGCAACAUAUUGGUUGUGGUGUGGAGACUUGCACAGAAAAGAGAUCAGAGAUCGUCUCCUCUUUCAAUCCUCAUCAUCAUGCUAGCAGUUUCAGACUUCUUGUAUUGUGUUCACUUGCUUCUUCUCGAGAGCUUGGUGCUUGAUGUUAACCUAGAUCAAACAAACCAUCUGUCAUCCAUCUCUGCUGGUAACAUGUGCAUGACAAGUGCUUGGCUGUCUUGGUUCUCUUGUCUCACAGCUCAGUGGGCAACUUUUAACAUUGCAGUUUACUCGUUUCAAGCAAUGAGCAAGUUCUGUUCUCGUUGUUGCUGUUCACUAGUGUAUAAGAGAAAUCUGGUUAUCACAAUCAUCUGCCAAGUUUUGAUCAACGUGGUGAUAAUUGCUAUUGACACCAUUGUAUUCGACAAAUACGACCAUUCUGACUUGUUUGAUUUACCACUACAAGAUUAUGACAAAUAUACACGCAAUGACGUCUCCUCUAACUGGACAGAAGUUCGUAUAUACUCAAGACAUGCACGCAUUGCCCAAAUUUUUGGACGUUGUGCUUGGGCACAGUCAAACGGAUUUGGUUAUUGCAUAAACGGUACAAUUUUAUUCACACAUGACAACCAUACAACAGUCUCCAAUGAGAGCUAUUGCCUAUUCCCGUUUGGUUAUGAUUUACUAAACAAUACAUUUGAAGCACCAAUAAUAGGAUCAAGCAUAGCUUCUCUAGAUACUGUUCUUACAUUGACGUGUGCUAUUCUCUAUAUACGUUUGUGGAUAAAGCUUCGUGCAAGAGCAGUAAACUUAACAGGAAGAUCUGACAUGCACAAACUUCGAUGUCGUUUGAGUGUAAUUGUUCUCCUAAACACUUUUUGUUGGAUUCCUGUGACUAUACUACAUUGGACAGUAGCUACCGAUUACAAACUGACAUGGUCAAACGAUUCUACUGCGGCAAAUGUUCUUCUCAUCUCAAUCAGUCCAGCAGUUAAUCCUCUCAUCUACACAUUCACAGGAAAGAACUUUUUACUUUCAAUUCGCAAGUUUUGUAGACGAAUGAAAUGCGACAUAUCUGUGAGACGAAGCAGUUCCAACUACCAUGACGAUCACACUAGAGGAGUUGAACGUUGCAGCUGUAUUCCAUGUGUCAGAUGUGUUCACCAAGACGAAGAGAACGAUCCAGACAACUGGCCUACUCAAGAUACUUCCGAAUGGAAUUCUGAUCAGAGCAGACUUCUGUCGUCUACCAAUGAAUUAAGUGAAACUAACUAACAGAUUCACAUCAGCUACUGUUUUCAAUGUGUGUCAUUGCACAAUAUUCAUAUCGUAUGCAUGUUUGCUAUCAAGAUUGUAUGAAGGUUUAUAAUUAAGUCUAGAUCUGUUGUGUACACUAGAUAAACACAAGCACAAAUAAGAACA